UCCUGCGUCCUGUGGUCUCGUCCGCCCCCGCUGCCAUGUUGGAUUGUGCGGCCGCCGCGGCCGCCCGAGGGCUGGAGGAGUUGGGAGUUUAGUGCAGUCGCGGGAGUGAAAGGACAAGGACCAUCCGGUCCUAGCGUCGCCGGGCGGGAGCUGGGAGCUUCCUUUUCGGAGUGCGGUCAGCUCUCUCACUGGUCCUUCUCCUCCCCGCGUCGGAGGCGCUGCGAGAUGCUGCGUCUCUGACUCCCUCGUCGCCGCCCCUGUCACCGAGGGGGCCGAGCGCGGGCCCACCCGCCCCGAAGAGACGGAGGACGCGGCCCCGGACUCCCCGCCCCGCCGGCGAAGCCAUGAGCUCCGGCCAGCAGCCGCCGCCCCCGCGGAGGGUCACCAAUGUGGGGUCCCUGCUGCUCACCCCACAGGAGAACGAGUCCCUCUUCACCUUCCUCGGCAAGAAAUGCGUGACUAUGUCUUCCGCAGUGGUACAGUUAUAUGCAGCAGACCGGAACUGUAUGUGGUCAAAGAAGUGCAGUGGUGUUGCUUGUCUUGUUAAGGACAAUCCACAGAGAUCUUAUUUUUUAAGAAUAUUUGACAUUAAGGAUGGGAAGCUUUUGUGGGAACAAGAACUCUACAAUAACUUUGUGUAUAAUAGUCCUAGAGGAUAUUUUCAUACUUUUGCUGGAGAUACUUGUCAAGUUGCUCUUAAUUUUGCCAAUGAAGAAGAAGCAAGAAAGUUCCGAAAAGCAGUUACAGACCUGUUGAGCCGGCGGCAAAGGAAAUCUGAGAAAAGACGAGACCCCCCAAAUGGUCCUAAUCUGCCCAUGGCUACAGUAGACAUAAAAAAUCCAGAAAUCACAACAAAUAGGUUUUAUGGACCACAAGUCAACAAUAUCUCCCAUACCAAAGAAAAGAAGAAAGGAAAAGCUAAAAAGAAGAGAUUAACCAAGGCAGAUAUUGGAACACCAAGCAAUUUCCAACACAUUGGACAUGUUGGGUGGGAUCCAAAUACAGGCUUUGAUCUAAAUAAUUUGGAUCCAGAACUGAAGAAUCUUUUUGAUAUGUGUGGCAUCUCAGAGGCACAACUUAAAGAUAGAGAAACAUCAAAAGUUAUAUAUGAUUUCAUUGAAAAAACAGGAGGUGUGGAAGCUGUUAAAAAUGAACUACGAAGGCAAGGCCCACCACAGUGGAAUGCACCACCCCCUCCACCGCCAUCCCGAGGAGGUCCACCUCCCCCUCCUCCUCCUCCACACAGCUCAGGCCCUCCCCCUCCCCCUGCCAGGGGAAGAGGUGCCCCUCCCCCGCCACCUUCCAGAGCACCCACCGCUGCGCCUCCACCACCGCCUUCCAGGCCAGGAGUGGGCGUCCCGCCACCGCCACCGAACAGGAUGUAUCCUCCUCCCCCUCCAGCCCUUCCCUCCUCAGCACCUGCAGGGCCCCCACCACCACCUCCACCUCUGUCAGUGACAACAGGGUCCUCAGUACCACCCCCACCGCCUCCACCUCCACCUCCACCUGGGCCACCGCCUCCCCCUGGCCUCCCAUCUGAUGGGGACCAUCAAGUUCCAGCGCCUGCCGGAAGCAAAGCGGCUCUUUUAGAUCAAAUCAGAGAGGGUGCUCAGCUAAAAAAAGUAGAACAGAACAGUCGACCAGUGUCCUGCUCUGGAAGGGAUGCACUUUUAGACCAGAUACGACAGGGUAUUCAACUGAAAUCUGUGUCUGAUGGCCAAGAGUCUACACCACCAACCCCUGCACCCACCUCAGGUAUUGUGGGUGCAUUGAUGGAAGUGAUGCAGAAAAGGAGCAAAGCCAUUCAUUCUUCAGAUGAAGAUGAGGAUGAAGAUGAUGAGGAAGAUUUUGAGGAUGACGAUGAAUGGGAAGACUGAUCUAUAUAGUAUAUAUAUAUAUAUAUAUAUAUAUACAUAUAUAUAUAUAUUUUUAAGGUGAAAUACUAAACACUACUUUCUGUCUAUGGAUUCUGUAAAAUUACCAUGUAAAUGUUCUGCCAAUUUGCUGUAUAUUUUUGUUGCCUUUUUGCUUUUUUUAAUUAAUCUGUGCAAUACCUCAUUUAAUCUGUAAAGGUUUGUCAUAACACUACAAGCGACUCCCUGUGACUGUACGCACGUUUACACCGGAUGCUCACUUGAUUGUGAAUAUAUUUCAUUCCAUCAACAAGGGAGUUUCAUUAUUACGUGUGAGACUGACAGAAACCUUAAUGUAAUUUAGUUAUAAUGCCAGAAGGAAAACACUAUUUUCAUACCCUACUUUUUCUGUACUUAAAUUUUCUUAUUGAAAUCUAGUAUAGCACUACAUUCUUUUUUAAGUGAUGUAAACCUUAGUUUCUUCAGCCCCUUCAUUUUGAAUACAAUGCUACAUACGAAUGUUGAAGCUGAUAAGUUGCACAGUUCCUUAGACACUACUACACUUGAUACAGUUUUCAGAGUUUAGCAAUAUGCUUUUCAUAGAAUCACUGCAGAGCUACUAAUGAGGAAAGUCAGUAACACACCUCUUCUAGUAAAAUUACCUGUUCCCAGUACAGCAGUGGUAUUUGCAGGCUGGAAUCACAAGGAACCCUUACACACUCGGGCUCAACAGAGGUUGUUUUUAUAUGUUGUAGCAAAUGUGGCAGGCUCUUUAAAGCAAAAAUUUAAGAAAGUAUACUUUGGCAUUAAUCUGAAAAAUCAUUCAAGUGGAGGUUUGGGGAUUUUAUUCUUCAUGAACAACUCUAAUACUUCCUUUAAAAUACUAUUUAAAUCAGAACAUUAUUUAAAUAAUGUGGAAUUUUUAUGUUUUAGUUUGUGUGAACCAUAAAAAUCAAAUUACUGUCAGAAUUAUGCACUGAAAUGCUGAAUCUAUUAUGUUGUCCCUCUUUAUUUUGGCAGUUUAAGGUUUUUAUCAAAGAUCAGGUGAAGGGUUAUGUUUAAAAAAAAAAAAAAAAAGAUUGGUGGUCCAGUGUCACAUUUCUUGAACAUUUAACUGAUUUGAUAGAUAUUUUUUGUUUGUCUAAUAAAACUUUGCAACCUGCACAUUUGUUACGCAUACUAAAUGGCUUGUUAAGUUAGGGUUUCCUUGCCUCUACACUACACUAAUCUGCCUAAAGGGGUUUAUUUCAUAUUUAUAGUGCUGAUUAUCAUGCCUACCUACAUUAAAUUUUAGGUAAAAAAUUUGAUUUAAAUACAUAUUUUCUCACAUUGAGUCAUGCAGAAUGUAGUUCCAAAUGUAUUUCAUUACUAUAGUUACAGUAGCCAACUAAAAAUUAUGCUAUCUAGAACUGUUCUGACCAAAAUCUGGUAUUAGCUUGAUCUUGACAGGCUGGACCUGCAAGAUGUGGCUUGAAUUUUAUCCAGUUUAUUAUCACUUACUCUCUAGUGAUCAUUCAUCUAGAUAUCAUGAAGAUAAUUUAAAAGGUUUAGUUGCUGAAAGCAGUAAGUGGUGCAGUAAAAUAGUUAAGUUAUUCAAAGAAUGUUACCUUCCUGCAAGAGUAAUGUAGGCACAUGGGAAAGAUUCUGGACUUUUGUUUAUUGUAAAAACAGGGCCCUUUGCUGCUAGAAACCUUUUCCUGCUUAUUAUCAUUUUAAUUGUGGCUUAAGCUCACUGAGUUUGGUGUGGAUGAGACUGGACAGACUGACCAAUAAAAUUAAGAAUUUGUGCAAAUGGUAAGUAGAACAAUAUGUUUAUAGUAAGUAAUAAUAUAAAGCAUUUUUAUCUUGGCAUUAUAAAUUUUCUAGAAAUGUCUUUGAGGUAAUACCAAUUUAAGAUGUCUCCAGUUUUGGCCAAAUAAUUGAGGGUUUUCAGCUAAUUUUCUUAGGUAUGUAUUAGAAGCUUCUCUGAGUAGAGGACAUCAAUUCUUUGAGUUAGGAGCACAGCAUAGAAGAUGGAUAGACAGUUUACCUAGAUAAUUGACUAUUCUUUUUUCUUAAAAA